GGCACCAUUUUGUCGCGGCUGCCCGCUCUCCCAGGGGGAGGAGGGAUCUUUUUUGCAUUUUGGAGCGGCUGCCAACGAGGGGAACCUGUUGGGCAUCUCCCCAACCCCGCUUGUGAGCGCCUCCCGGGCGGCGGGCGGGACCAGACCCCUUGGGGCACGGCGCAUCUUGGCACCCGGAGGCAGCGGAGGCAGGCGCAGCAUCCUCGCUGGGAAUUGGAGCUGGAGUGAGCGCACCACGGGAGGAGCCGCCGCAGCCUCGGAGAUCCCGAGUGGAGGAGGUGACAGCUCCAUUGCCGGGUUUUUAUUUUUUUUUUCUCUCCGCCUCCCCGUCUCCUCCUCAGGCUCGGACCAUGGUGCAGUCCCACUGGCUCCCCUGCCCCCCUCUCCUGUGAGACUGGCUGCGGGGAGGGAUCAUGGAUACUUGUCUGCCGGCUUCUGGUUCCCACGCAAGUAAGCCUGCUGUCAAUGGAGGAGGACAUUGAUACCCGCAAAAUCAACAACAGUUUCCUGCGCGACCACAGCUAUGCGACCGAAGCUGACAUUAUCUCUACGGUAGAAUUCAACCACACGGGAGAAUUACUAGCGACAGGGGACAAGGGGGGUCGGGUUGUAAUAUUUCAACGAGAGCAGGAGAGUAAAAAUCAGGUUCAUCGUAGGGGUGAAUACAAUGUUUACAGCACAUUCCAGAGCCAUGAACCCGAGUUCGAUUACCUGAAGAGUUUAGAAAUAGAAGAAAAAAUCAAUAAAAUAAGAUGGCUCCCUCAGCAGAAUGCAGCCUACUUCCUUCUGUCUACUAAUGAUAAAACUGUGAAGUUGUGGAAAGUCAGCGAGCGCGAUAAGAGGCCAGAAGGCUACAAUCUGAAAGAUGAGGAAGGCCGGCUCCGGGAUCCUGCCACCAUCACAACCUUGCGGGUGCCUGUCCUGAGACCCAUGGACCUGAUGGUGGAGGCCACCCCACGAAGAGUAUUUGCCAACGCACACACGUAUCACAUCAACUCCAUAUCAGUCAACAGUGACUAUGAAACCUACAUGUCAGCUGAUGACCUGAGGAUUAACCUAUGGAACUUUGAAAUAACCAAUCAAAGUUUUAAUAUCGUGGACAUUAAGCCAGCCAACAUGGAGGAGCUCACAGAGGUGAUCACGGCGGCCGAGUUCCACCCACAUCACUGCAACACCUUCGUGUACAGCAGCAGCAAAGGGACAAUCCGGCUGUGUGACAUGAGGGCAUCGGCCUUGUGUGACAGGCACACCAAAUUUUUUGAAGAGCCGGAAGAUCCCAGCAACAGGUCGUUUUUCUCUGAAAUUAUCUCUUCGAUUUCGGAUGUGAAAUUCAGCCACAGCGGGAGGUAUAUCAUGACCAGAGACUAUCUGACAGUUAAAGUGUGGGAUCUCAACAUGGAAAACCGCCCCAUCGAGACUUACCAGGUUCAUGACUACCUCCGCAGCAAGUUGUGCUCCCUCUACGAAAAUGACUGCAUUUUUGAUAAAUUUGAGUGUGUGUGGAAUGGGUCAGACAGUGUCAUCAUGACAGGCUCCUACAACAACUUCUUCAGGAUGUUUGACCGAAACACCAAGCGAGAUGUUACCCUUGAGGCCUCGAGGGAAAACAGCAAACCCCGGGCCAUCCUAAAACCGCGAAAAGUAUGCGUGGGGGGCAAGCGGAGAAAAGACGAGAUCAGUGUCGACAGUCUGGACUUUAGCAAAAAGAUCCUACAUACAGCUUGGCAUCCUUCAGAAAAUAUUAUAGCAGUGGCGGCUACAAAUAACCUAUAUAUAUUCCAGGACAAGGUUAACUAGGAGGACAAGUUAUUACUUAAUAAUCUCACAUACUGAAUACUAGUCAAACACGUUUUUAAAUGUUUCUUUGGGUCUUCAUUUGAUGCAUUGACUUUAAUUUCCCUAUGCAGAAAACAAUUGGAAUAGAAUUAAAAGGAGUCCAACUUCCCCAGAUCCCCCAUUCUAAGAGACUUUUGUCAAACCCAAUAGGUUCUGGGACACUUCUGUUUAGAAUUGAGAGCUGCCAGCUAACAGUAAUUCUUCCAUAGUUGACUUGAAUUUCUGAUGAUGCUUUUAUUGCCCAGUUUUCUCUGGUGGGUCCCGUGUUUUGUUUCUAGGUGUCUGCUGAGAUAAAAUGAGGUUGUCUGUAGUAUUUAAAGAGAAAAGAGAUAAGUUUUUUUUUUUUAAUUAAGCGAUUCCAUUUGAUUGGAAAAAA